AUGAUCAACUUCACUGAGCUUGGGGCCUUGAUGCGAGGUUUGGCGGGCUCAGCCAGUGACUGGAACGAUGCUGCCGUAAAGGCUCUGCUGACCGCAAUGGAUUCGGACAAUGACGGCAAGGUCGUGCUCUCGGAUUUCGGUGCCUGGCUCUUCGGGACGCAGCUGUCAGCGGCGGAGGAGUCGAAGCUGAAAACCGCAGAGUUGACACUGGGCGCCAAGCCGAAAGCCAAGGCCAAAGGCAAGGCCGAAGCCAAGGGCAAGGCCAAGGCCAAGGCCAAACCCGAGCCGGAGGAAGAGGAGGCUGAAGACGAAGACGAGGUUGAGGAGGGAGAGGACGAGGAGGAAGAAGAGGGCGAUGACGACGAUCUGGAUGAGGAUGAUCUUGAUAUGAACUUGCUCAGCAUGACCGGCCGCAAUGCCCUGUGGCAGAAGCUGAUGCCGGCACGGGCCGGAUCGGCGCAAGACGCGGCAGAGCGGAUGAAGGGACUGAAGCCGCCGGACUCAAAGCGGCCGGACGAUCACAAGCAUGCCCUCCUCUAUUUGCAGAACCACGCGGGAGCCGACCGGGAUCUGGACGGCGUCGCCCCCAAGGGCGCGGAUCGGAAGAAGGCGUUGGCGUGGCUGAAAGCCGCCAUGUCCAAGAUCAGUGACGGGGAGAAGCAGUAUCAGCUGCCUGUGAAAUGGCUCAUCGCAAACUGGAGACUUUGGCCAGAGCCUGACAACAAAGAGGAGGAAGGUUUCCUGGAUCUGAAGGCGCUCGCGGUUAAGAAGCUUGACGGUAUAGGCUUCAAGUACGAGAAGCAGUACGUAGAGCGCAAGAUCGGGCAAGAGCUCGGAUUCAUCGGCGAAGAUCUCGAGAUGAAAGUGAGGCCGCGGCAGGACGAGUACAUCAAGCUGCCGGAGGACCGCCUGGGCCUCGAGGAACAGGACGAUGAAGCAGACGACUACAGGAUGCCCGGCGCUUUGGGAGAAGCCCUCUAUUACCCCUUCUGGUAUGUAAUCCCUUCUUCUCGUCACGCUCUUUCUACUCUCAGACCCAAGCAAAGGAUGGAACAGGCGACGUACAUCGUCCUCCUCCUCAGCGCAGUGCACGCUGUGGACCACCUUUUCCAAGCACGAGCCAAGGAGAUCUGUGAGAGUGUGGGUGGGAGCGUCCGAGCUCCCCCUCCCAAAGGCUUCAUGAGGAUGUGGGCGAAGCUUGACACAGACCACGCCUCCGCGGCAUCCCCGAAGGCGGCAGAGAACAUCGACACGAACCGGGUGGCCUGGAUCUUCGAGGAGCCCUCGCAGCUUCGGGACGCCUUCGCCAAGGCACAGGAAAUUUUCGGCCCACCCGUGAGGGUGAAGAAUGGCUAUGACCCCUCUUUCGAUGCCAUGAAGGACACCAAGGGAUAUCGGAAUAUCUUGGCGAACUACCGCUUCACCCCUGGCAUGACUUGGGGAGCUUUAGCUGGUCGUGAUCCAGCACAUGCUGAUGCAUCUGCCAAGACUCACGCUGCCUGGGACAAGUUUCGGCAACUGCUCCUGGACACCUUCCUGAACAUGGGCUUCAUAGAUGAGGCCAGCAUGGAUGAGGAGCUGCGGCAGUACCUUCAUUGCAGCGAUGCUGCCCGACGCUUCUACUGCUCGAAGCAGAUGCGGAAGGAGCCGGUGGGCAUUGUCGUGGAGAUUCAGUACAUGUUGCAGUCCUACUUUGACAUGCGCAAGUAUACGCACACAUGGUACAAAAUUGUGAGGGCUGAAGAGCCCGAGGCCCUCGUCUUGGAUUACAACUCUUAG